GAAUAGCUCUUUAUAGGGUCAGGAGAGCUCAUAACAAGCUUAUAAAGAGACAGACACCACAAAGCAGACAGCUGGAGCCGUUACCUAGACUCCAUUCACAGAUGAAGAUGAAGACUCUGGUCUUACUGUUGUUGAGCCUGGCAGUGGCUCUGGGAAGACCACAUGGAGUCAUGGAUGAAUGGAUUGAUGAAUGGAAACCACCUUUGCACCAGAGAGAGAUCUACCCAGUCCCGAGAGACCUAGAGAAACCCGCUGGCUGGAACACUGAGGCGAUUGUAAAACAAACCCAGCUUAGUUCUGUGAUGGAGGAGAAACCUAAUGAACUGAGCCCUCUAGUGCAGGAGAAACCAGAAGAGCUGAGCCCCCUGGUGCAGGAGAAUCUAGUGGAACCCAGCCUGGAUUUACAGGUGAUUCCAGUAAGACAUGAAAAACCAGCUGAAUGGAUGGCAGUGGUUCAGAAGCUGGAGCUGGAGAAGAAAGUAGAGAAAGCCCAGGAGAAACCAGUAGAGAAAGCCCAGGAGAAACCAGUAGAGAAAGCCCAGGAGAAACAAGUAGAGAAAGCCCAGGAGAAACCAGAAGAACUGAGCCUUCCAGUGCAGGAAAAAACAGAAGCACUGAGCCCUGUUGAUCAGGAGAAACCAGAAGAACUGAGCCCUGUUGAGCAGGAGAAACCAGAAGAACUGAGCCCUGUUGAUCAGGAGAAACCAGAAGAACUGAGCCCUGUUGAGCAGGAGAAACCAGAAGAACUGAGCCCUGUUGAUCAGGAGAAACCAGAAGAACUGAGCCCUGUUGAGCAGGAGAAACCAGAAGAACUGAGCCCUGUUGAUCAGGAGAAACCAGAAGAACUGAGCCCUGUUGAGCAGGAGAAACCAGAAGAACUGAGCCCUGUUGAUCAGGAGAAACCAGAAGAACUGAGCCCUGUUGAGCAGGAGAAACCAGAAGAACUGAGCCCUGUUGAGCAGGAGAAACCAGAAGAACUGAGCCCUGUUGAGCAGGAGAAACCAGAAGAACUGAGCCCUGUUGAGCAGGAGAAACUAGAAGAACUGAGCCCUGUUGAGCAGGAGAAACCAGAAGAACUGAGCCCUGUUGAGCAGGAGAAACCAGAAGAACUGAGCCCUGUUGAGCAGGAGAAACCAGAAGAACUGAGCCCUGUUGAGCAGGAGAAACCAGAAGAACUGAGCCCUGUUGAGCAGGAGAAACCAGAAGAACUGAGCCCUGUUGAGCAGGAGAAACCACGGGAAGAUGUGGCCCCUGUGGUUGAAGAGGAGUUGGGGGAGGUGGGCCCAGCAGCAGAGGAGGAGGCUCAGCCUGAGCAGGAGAUGGAGGUGGAGGCUGAGAUGGAGGAGGAUCUACUGAGGAUGGAAGAUCCUGAGAUGGGGAAACCAGAGAUGGAAGAAGCAGAGAUGGGAUUAAAUAUGGAACAACCAGAGAUGGAAGAACUAGAGAUGGAAGGAAAAGAAACGGAAGAACCAGAAAUGGAGGAACCAGAAGUACCAAGGGUAAAAAUGGAACCUGAAGUAGAAAUAGAGGCAGAGAUGGUGCUUGCAAUGGACAAGGGGCUCACCUACCAAGAGGAGGGCCCUCUUAUGGAGGGUGAAUAUGUCAUGGCUGAAGAGCCAAUCAUGGAUUUGGAACCACUACCAGAGGACAGAUUGACAGAACAGUAUUGGAGAGGAGGCAGUCCUAUGGAUGGCAACAAGAUGGCUCCAGAAAUGAUGUAUAAUUUUGAUCUGGAAGAGGAGCCAAUGACAGAACUGAAGCCGUUGCUAAGGGAGGGGCCUAGCCUGGAGGAAGACGAUGAGUAUGUCAUGGCGGAACAACCAAUCAUGGAGCUGGAGCCUGAAACGAGGGAUGUGCCUUUUGGAGAGAAUCCAAUCACGACAGAUUACGCCUUCAAGGGGGAGGAGCCAGUGAGGGAACUGAUGGAAGACAUGGGGCCUAUGAUGGAGAGGGAGUACUUCCUGGCUGAGGAACCAAUCAUGGAGCUGGAACCUGAAAUGAGGGAGGGGCUAUACACUGGGCAUUAUCCAAUGACAGACUCAGCUGUGAUGGUAGAGGAGCCAAUGAUGGAGUUGGAACCUCUAGAAGAGGAGAGGGAAGAGCGUUUGCUAUUGGAGGAGGGGGUAAGAGAGAGGCCUCUUAUGGAGCAGCCAAUGAUGGGCGAGGACCAAAUGAUGGAUGGAGAGGCGCGCAUGUGGGUGGAACCAGAGAGGGAGAGGCGGUCUUUAAAUAUGGAGGAGGUGGGGCUAAUGGAGAACAUGGCCCAACGUGAACCUACAGGGAGGAGCUCCUGCGGUGGUGUGGUCCUGGAGGGGAAAUGUUACCAGUUCUUCAGAGGCCCAAAGACAGCUUCAGAUGCUGAGUUCUACUGCCAGGCUAACUUCCCUCGUGGCCACCUGGCAUCCAUCACCAGUCAGACCGUCCACAGACAGGUCAUGGACCUCAUGCUGCAACAGAUCGGAGGAUACACACGCACCUGGGUUGGAGGACUACGCUACCUGGACACUGGUCGCUUCAUCUGGUUGGAUGGUGCCCACUGGUCCUAUGAGGAUUGGCUGCCUGGUGAGCCCAAUUACACGGCAGGGGUUGAGAACUGUCUGGAGCUACUGGCACUUGGAAAUGGGAAGUUCAAUGAUAUGCCGUGCUGGGAUCUGCGAGCGUUUGUCUGCUCUCACCCUGUCUAGGAAACAGUAGGAUAAAGCUGUUGAGGGGAGAACGGCUCAUAAUAAUGGCUGGAAUGGAUUAUAAUGGAUGGAAUGUAAUGGUGUCAAACCCAUGAAAACCAUGUUUUUGAUACCAUUCCAUUAACUCCAUUCCAGCCAUUAUAUUGAGCUGUCCUCCACCGCCCAAGAAAGACACUGAUCUAUAGUCAGAUUACAUUCUUCAUCCCAGUGUGGAAGAUUUGGGGGGAAACUGAUCCUAGAGCUGUACAUAUUAGUGCAUCCUCUAUCCCGAGCUCUAGGAACACAGCGGUGUCAGAUUUGAUGACCCUUGCACUUUGAACCUCUCAGGAGGUUUCCAGUUUGAGUCAUGGGGGAUUCAAGUACCUGGCUUCAGUGGUGAAAGAGAUUCUUAAACAUUUGACUGCAUUCACACUGUAAGAUAUUAUUUCUCAAUGAUAAACAAUCUAUUUUAGAGCCAUAGGAAAGCCCUUUUUAUAUUUUGAAGAUAGAACUAUGAUCAUAUGUUUGUGUAAAAGUUAUAUAAAUGACUGUAAUGAAUUCUAUAAAGGGACAUUUUUGCUAGAAA